AAAUAAGAUGUUUGAAGCAGCAAUUCUAUCCAAACUAUAUGUACACUUAGUCCAAGUGGGCUUAAGCUCGGCUUCUAGUUAGUGGAAGCCUUCAUAAAUCUUUUUUUUUUUCAAGGUAAUGUGUAUUGGGGAGCUUAUGCACGUGUCAUUUGUUUACACACUGAAGUUGCGCUUAUCAUUUAGUUAUUGAUUCCAUGACUCCAAAGCGUUUGAAAAUGAGAAUAAAUUGCUUUCACUGAGAUGCAGGUAACCAAAAUAGAAACGACUAAAAAGAUGAAUAUGAUCGACAUGAAAUGUGAUAUGGUGAAGACUGGUAAACAAAAAUACAAACUAACAGAGAAGGGCACCAGUGAUUUAACAGAUAACACUAGAGUGUACAUAUCUGUGGGGCGAAUGUUUGUUUUAACUAACGUUCAGGACAUGCGUUCGGAGCUUAAGGCUCGUCAGGAUAAAUGUGACAAAGCCUUGGAAUUGUUAAACCAGAAAAAAGAAUUCCUCUUGAAGUCGUUAAAAGAACAAGAAGACGUCUUGCGCGAAUUGGUGCAACAACGUAAAGAAGCCGAUAUCUCCAAAUAAAUGUUUGUUAAUGUUUAGUAAACCUAUUACAUUUAAACUUUAGCCUGCAAAAAGAAAAAACCUUUUGUUCAUUUCUUAAGACAGUCACCUUAUAAUAUAAUGGUCUAAAUCAAAAUUAGCAUAA